AUGGUUUCAGAACUGUCCAUCCCCCGCCUCGACACCUCCUCUCAAACCGGGACCUUCUAUUUCGCCUACGGCAGCAACUUGUCCGCGGUUCAAAUGUCCAUUCGUCUGAAACACACAUCAGCAUCAAGCAUUCCAGUUGCCAUCGCUCGUCUUGACAACCACGAAUGGAUCAUCUGUGAACGAGGCUACGCCAACGUUGUCGCCUUACCACCGUCUGAUGUCGCCACAGACGCCAACACCGUGUGGGGAGUGCUGUACAACAUGAGUGCGGAAGAUGAGGCGAUCCUCGACGGGUAUGAGGGCUAUAACGAGGCAAGAAAUCCUACACCCGUACUCAACCCCGACCCCGCGACGCAAAGUAUCAAGAGACACCUACAAGGCGGAUGGGAUUAUAACAAGCAUUUUCUCCCGAUGACGGUUACUAAGUGGUUGAGGGAUCCUAAUGAAUACGGAGUCCGUGUGCCAAAUUGGUCUCCCGCGGCUGAACACAACACGACCAUCCGGGCUCUCGUCUAUGUUGAUGAAUUCCGCACAGGUAAAGGCCAGAUUGGGGCUAACUACACUGGAAGGAUGAAUCGAGGUAUCGACGAGUCGGUGAGCCUGGGAUUGCCGCAAUCAUGGGUCGACAAUGUGUUGCGCAAAUUCAUCCGAAAAGAUAUUUACCCCCAAGACGGAUAUGUAGGGACGGAUAAGGGCUAUGUUGGCACAGAUGAUUAA